CGGGCGGCCGCAGCGCUGCGUGCUGGUAAAGGUUCCGCCCGAACCCAGAGAGCAGAGCCGCGCUACUGACCGGAGCCGCAGCGGGAGACCGGAGAGCAGAGAGCCGGGCCGGGAGCGCUGAGGCCGGGCGGAGCGGCGCGGGGAGUCGCGCGUGGUGUGAAGAUUAUUACAGUGUGUGUGUGAGUGAGAGAGAGAGUGUGUUAUGUGUGUGUUGAAGAUGCAGGACUUUAGCAGCAGGUGCAUGCACCUCUGCGCCCGGCCGGCGCGAGCCCUGACCCACAGACUGAAGGUGAUACACCUGUGAAAGAGAACAUCAUAAAUCCAACCCAGAGAGCCGACCAAUGGCGUCGGGCCACGCCGAGUCGGUGCGCCGCAGGUUCAUCCGCACGAACCUCUGGUUCUCCGAGUCUGAGGACCAGGGGCCCGAGAGCCCGGACGGGGCCCCUGCGGGUGAUAAACCCUGUUCAGCUGGAAGGUGCGACGCUGUAGGAGAUGAGGAACCACAACAACAACAGCAGCAGGAGGAUCAUCAGGAGGUUCAGCAGGAGGUUCAACAGGAAGUUCAGCUGGAGGAGCAGCAGGUGAAGCCAGAGCAGCAGGAGGAGCAGGAGAGGAAGGAUAAAGCUGAUGAUGAAGAGGCUCGGGAAAAAGCCUCCAGCACCGGCGGAAAGGCCGGGAGCGAGGAGGAGGCGGAGGCGGAGGUGAAGGCGGUGUGCACGUCUCCAGGAGGACGAUUCCUCAAGUUUGACAUCGAGCUCGGCAGGGGUUCCUUCAAGAGCGUCUACAAGGGUCUGGACACGGACACGUGGGUGGAGGUGGCCUGGUGCGAGCUACAGGACCGAAAGCUGUCCAAAGUGGAGCGUCAGAGGUUUAAGGAGGAGGCUGAGAUGCUGAAGGGUCUCCAGCACCCCAACAUCGUCCGGUUCUACGAUUUCUGGGAGUCUCCAGUUAAAGGGAAGAAGUGCAUCGUCCUGGUGACCGAGCUCAUGACGUCAGGAACACUGAAAACCUACCUGAAGCGGUUUAAAGUGAUGAAGCCGAAGGUUCUGCGCAGCUGGUGCCGACAGAUCCUCAAGGGUCUUCACUUCCUGCACACACGGACCCCUCCCAUCAUCCACCGGGACUUAAAGUGUGACAACAUCUUCAUCACCGGCCCGACCGGCUCGGUGAAGAUCGGGGACCUCGGCCUGGCCACGCUGAAGAGAACCUCCUUCGCCAAAAGCGUCAUCGGCACUCCUGAGUUCAUGGCUCCGGAGAUGUAUGAGGAGCACUAUGACGAGGCUGUGGACGUCUACGCGUUUGGGAUGUGCAUGCUGGAGAUGGCCACGUCCGAGUAUCCGUACUCAGAGUGUCAGAACGCUGCUCAGAUCUACCGCAAAGUCACCAGCGGUGUGAAGCCGGCCAGCUACAGUAAGGUUACAGUACCUGAGAUUAAGGAGAUCAUAGGGGAGUGUAUUCGGCAUCGCUGGGAGGAGAGAUACUCUAUAAAGGAGCUGCUGAAUCACGCGUUCUUCGCAGAGGACACCGGCGUCAGGGUGGAGCUCGCUGAGGAAGACGAUGGUAAGAAGAUGACGAUCGGUCUCAGGCUGUGGGUGGAGGAUCAGAAGAAGCUGAAAGGGAAAUAUAAAGACAGCGGGGCCAUCGAGUUCACGUUCGACCUGGAGAAAGAGGCGCCCGACACCGUCGCCCAGGAAAUGGUGGACUCGGGCCUCUUCUUGGAGUGUGAUGUGAAGCUGGUGAGCAAGUCGAUACGGGACCGGGUGGCUCUGAUAAAGUGGCGAAGGGAACGGAUCGUCACUGGUGGUGAAGGCGAAUCUGUGAGGAAAGGUACCAAGAGCACGAAGCAGAAUCUGCUCCAGGUUCCCUCUGCUGGAUUACCACAAGGUGGCGCUCCUGUCCCUUACACUGAACCAGAGGAGCCUGAAGGCGAGCAGGUCACCCUGCUGUGUACUGUCCCCGCCACGACCUCCGGUACUGCUGCUACUACUGCAGACAGCGCCGUUUCAGACGCUCUGGGUCACCAGCACAGCAUUCCUUACCAGAUCCUUCCAGAUACCGUUUCCACUUCCCAGAUUGUUCUCAGCCCUCCAGCCCCACUUCUGGCACCACUUGCUGCUUCACUACACCAGGAGGCGCAAAUGCAACUGCAGCAUCCCGUGGCCCAGCAAGAGAACACUGUUGCUCAGCUUGGGGCUCCACAGCAGCCCACUGCCCAGUUUCAGCAGACAGGUGGCCUGCUGCAUCAAGAGACCCAGCAACAAUCUGUAAUCCACCUGCAUCCUGGAGCCCAGCAUCAACCUGCUGCACAGUUACUGCUGGGAAUCCAAGCACAGCCUGGUGUCCAGUCAAUGCCAGGUGCUCAGUUGCAUCUGGGGAUCCAGCAACAACCUGCGGCACAGGUCUACCAGGGAUCCCAGCAACAGUCUGUAGCACAGGUGCAACAGGGAGCCUUGCAACAACCUGUGGCACAAGGCUACCAGGGAUCCCAGCAACAACCUGCGGCACAGGGCUACCAGGGAUCCCAGCAACAGUCUGCAGCACAGGUAUACCAGGGAGCCCUGCUACAACCUGUGACACAGGUCCAACAGGGACAGGGAGCCCUGCAACAAUCUGUGGCACAGGUCUACCAAGGAUCCCAGCAACAGCCUGCAGCACAGGUUUACCAAGGAGCCCAGCAACAACCUGCAACACCGGUCCACCAGGCAACCCUACAACAACCUGCAGCACAGGUCUACCAAGGGACCCAAGGGACUCAACAACAGCCUGUGGCCCAGCUGCUUCCAGGGGCUUAUCAGCAAACCACUUCUCAGAUACAAGGAGCUUUUCUGCAGUCCUCUUUGCCGCUACACCAGAGCCUUUACCAGCAGUCUCCUACGCGACAUGGGAGUGUUCCAUGUGAGUCGCAGGAUUCUCUUAUGUCCUAUGAGAGCUUGAUUGGUGCCAGACGUGGCAGUACCUCAUUUCUCGAUACCUUGCAGAAGAGGUCGCACUUGCACAUUCACACAAGUCCACUGACACACCUGCCCUGUAGCUGUCCAAAACAGGAACAUUGUUACAGGGACACGAUACGCGAAAGACUUUCCCCAAGUGCCUUGCCAGAGUCCUUGCCAGAAUUCCUCAAGGAUAACCUGUCUGGGAUAGCUUCUUCUGUGGAAGCUGAAUUGUCUCCUCGAGGCAACCGAGGAAACCUUGAUUCCUGGACUGACUCAGAUCCUAAGCCCCAGACACAAGCCAUGCCCUCAAGCCCUAGGAGCUGUCUUGGCCCAUCGUGCCGUCCACAUUUCUGCCAGGCUUGCGUUGCUCUGCUGUUGAGUGCAAGGACAGGAAGCAGAGGAUCAUUUGACCACAGUUCGACUUGUCCGGUCCACUCAGAUCAAGGCAUCUCUGCUUCCCUAUUCCAUAGAAGUCCAACCCCAACCUCCACAAAUCAUGUGCCAGCACCUUCCCCAAGAAGUUCCCCUCCCUCUUCCUUUGACCUUCAUGCCUCCUUUUCAAAACUCCAAAAGGUAUUGUCUCCCAUUCCCCAGGCUGUACCUUCUUUAGUUCAUAUCACACCCCCUUCUCCCGAACACGUACACUAUUCCUGUUCCAGAAAGUCUCCAAAAUCCUCUCCGUCCCUAAAACGCAAGACCGAAAACGCAACCUCUCCAGUGCACAUACUGAUCCCUUCCCCAGUCAUGUCUCCAAAUUCCCAUAAACACAACAUGUUCUCCUCUUCUUCUGCUGGUCCGUGUUCCCCUGUUAGCCCGUCCUCCUCAGGGGUACAUGGUUUCAGUGCCUCCCGAACUGUAGGGGGCAGUGCAGAUCUAUCUCUUCUCAAUCGCUGCUUACACCACAUCACCAGUCGCCGCACCAGCUCACCAGUACUGCUGGACAGAACGGCAUGGCAGCCAGGGAACAGCCAUGGUGAUUCCAGAUCGUACAGCUUCUCUGUUCCGCAAGAUAACCUCCAGAGCUUGUUGGGAUCAUCGUCCACUCCUACAGACAAGGCAUCUGGCACGACAAUUUCUGUACUUGGACAAGUUCUUAUGCCCACUGCUUCAUUGGCUCAGACCAUGUCUGCUCCAGCUACACCAGCUCCAACUCAUCCAGUAGCUCAGGAGUUUCACCUCUAUCUCCAUCCUGCAGCUUUCCUGUCCCAGACGUUAUCGACUCUGCAGCCAGUCAUAGAGUCGUCUUCUGAAGGCCAGACCCAUCCUCAGCAUCCUCAGCAGACCGUCCACUCCACCGCGCUCCUGCAGCCUCUUCAGAUCUCCACACAGUUCCCUUCGCCAUACCCUGUUCUGCCAACAGGGGGCACUCCUGCUGGAAGUGAGGCGAUGCCCUUUUCCCCUGUCCCGUACUCCUCCCCCUACCCCAGUACCGGUCCUCCUGUACCCUCCCCCUACUACUCCCCCGGCCCCGCCCCCCUGUCUCUCGCCUCCAUACAGCCCCUGCCCUCCAUCCCCGGGGCAGGAACGCCCCAGACCCCCGUAUCUGCACCCAUGGGUAUACCGGCCCCCAUCCCGCUGCUGGGUAUAGCCCUUCCCCCGUCCCUCGUACCUCCACUUUCACAACAGCAGCAACAGCAGCAGGUGUACUCACCUGCUCCUCCUCCAGAGGGCGCUCUCCUUCAGCCCCAACCCCCCCAGUUAACUCUGCCCUUCCCUCAAAUCCCUCCACAGCCUCCGUCCUCCCUUCCUCAGCAGGAGCUCUGUACCUCCACACCGUCUGCACAGGAGGACACCCUGGCCCCGGGCCACGCCGACCCCACCCGCAUCCAGUCUCCUCCACAGAUGGAGGAACCUGAGCUGGAGUUCUCUGCAGCCGGCGGCGUAUCUUGUCCAGCUGCUGCAGACCGAGUUCAGCAGAUCGUCCCUGAGAACGCUGCACUGCAGACUCUGCAGACUCUGCAGCCGGCUGGAACGCAGACAGCAGCUGCUGCAGCCGAAAGCUCCAUACCCAGCAACACUCAGAAGAUCCUGGACCCAACCUCAGUGUACCUCCCCCCUGCACCUGACCACGGCCAGGAGGAGCCGAUACCCAUGCCACUCCCCAUCUACACAUGUGACAGUUUAAAUUCAGAUGCAGCUUCAGGUAAGGAGAUGAGCGAUAGUUACGACGCCGCCGCCAGCGGAGGAAAAGGUGACGGAAAACCCAGAAAACACCAUCGAAAAUCAUCCCGGACCCGAUCACGCCAAGAGAAAACCAACAAACCCAAACUCAGCAUGCUCAACGUUUGUGAUACAGGUGAUAAAAUGGUGGAAUGUCAGCUGGAAACCCAUAACCACAAAAUGGUGACCUUCAAGUUUGAUCUGGACGGAGAUGCACCAGAGGAAAUCGCCACGUACAUGGUGGAGAACGGCUUCAUUCUGCCCAUAGAGAAGGAGAUCUUCAUUGAUCAGCUGAAGGACAUCGUGGACAAAGCUGAGGACAUGCUGAAUGAGGAGGUGGAGGGGGACAGACCGUCUGCCCCGAGAGACGCUCCACUACAGGGACAUUUCCCUGGUGGGGUGGGGGACGAGGCCACAAGAGGACAGAGAGAUGGAGCCCCUCAGCCGGUCUAUCAGCAGAACGUGCUUCAUACUGGAAAGAGGUGGUUUAUUAUCUGCCCUGUGGACGAGCCUCCUGCAGCGUCUCCGGAGGCACCAGCAGAGGGAGCUACAGCCACACAGACGCCCCCAACCAGCGCACUGACUGAUGGGACACUUCCUGUACAGACUGCAGACACUGCUUCAGCACAGCCACUAGAGGGCAGCACUGCAUCUGCUUCUGUCUCUAUAGAUUCAGAAGGCUAUGCUACAGCGCCCCCCUCUGGAGACAGUGAUGCUCAUGGAUUCUGCAGUCCGCUUUCUCUCACCACCACAGACCCGUUAUCUCUGGCUCCGCUCUCUCCGGUGCCCCCUGUGCCGCAGGCUGCCUCUCUUUCAGCGCCGCCCUCCUCCCACCAUCCAGAAGAGGGCGCUGUCCCGGCUGCAGCUCAGCUGCGGGUGCAGGCGGGCGUGGCUCUGAGCGGCUCGCUGACGGUGGACGAAGCUCAGAGUGCCGCUCUCGCGCCGCUCUCGCCGCUCUAUGCCGCCCAGCAGGGGGCAGACCUGGCCUGUGCCACGUCGGUGGCAGAAACUGUGCCCUGCUGCCCCCUCGUCAUGCCCCUCGCCCUGGACGUCACCGCGGGCGUCCCGCAGAUCUCCCCGCUGACCCCCCCUCUACCGCAGGACGUCCCGUCGGCGAGGGAGCAGCUGCAGUCCAUCUCAGAACGGGGUCAGCAUCCUGUCGUCCUUCAGCAACCUUUCUCUGCUGUGGGCGGGGCCAAAGCUCCCUCGCUGCCCCAGAGCCCCGCCCCCUCGCAGCACCAUCUCCCCCCUGGUGAAUCAGAUGGUGAGGGGCGUGGCCGGGUUGGGUUUGUGGACAGUACGAUAAAGACGCUGGACGAGAAGCUGAGGAACCUGCUGUAUCAGGAGUACGCGCCCAUGUACCCCUCAGGGAGCGCCGCCGAGACUCCCGGGUCCGGGACAGAGUACAUCCAGUCCCCACCCGGGCCGGAGAGCGCCACCGGGGGGUCGGGCACCAGCACCCCCAGCCUUAUCGGAGAGGGGCUGAUCCGGGCGGGGGAACAGCUGCCACAGAUUCCAGAGAGAGUGGACAGUCUGAGUGCCCUCAGUGACUCUGCUGUUGGAGUUACAGUAUCAAAGAAACAUGUGAUGCCCCACUCUACCUCCUGCUCCGGCUCCAGGAAUCGCUUUAAGAUGAUUCCUGGUCCUCCUGAUAUUCUGGGCAGGCAGCAGAUAAAGCAGCGGAGUUUGAGCAGCACAGCCUCUCCAGCGCACCCUGGUGGCGGUUUUGUGGAGCACAGCGUUUACCCGGGGCCCAGUGUUCCAGUCAGCACCAUUGGGCGUUUCUCAGUGGUCAGUGCGGAGGAGGAGGAAGUGACCCGCAGGAAACACGGCAGCAGGUAUUCGGCUCCGCCCGAUUUCUACCUGGAUGCUCCGCCCUCCCUGACCAAGCGGGGCUCCCUCCCGCGGGCGCACACCUCCGUCCCGGUGGACGUCCACGCCGCUCGCUUCAUGUCCUCCGACUCGGGGGCGGAGAGCAGCCCCGCCAAGAUGCCUCCCCCCACCCCCUCUCGGCUCAGCCAAUCAGAGAGGAGGGGGAGUGACUUCAUGAAGAGGGCGGUGGCAUUCCUGAGGCGCUCGGGUCGCAGCAGCAGCGUGCAGAGCUCCGACUCCCCCAGCAGGCAGGGCGGCGUUUACGGCUCCUACAUCAGCAGCGAUAACGACUCGGAGAUGGAGGACUCGGAUAUAAAGAACGAGCUGCAGAGACUGAGGGAGAAGCAUAUGAAGGAGAUCACAGAGCUGCAGGCUCACCAGCGUGGAGAAAUCGAGCUGCUCUAUAUGAGGCUGGGUAAAGCGCCCCCUACUGGCCUGGGCCUCACCUCCACCGUGCCCCCGGCCGGACGCAGACGCAAGACCAGCAAGCACAAACUCAAAGCCGGGAAACUCCUGAGUCCUCUGGUCCAGCAGCUCAGAAGCGUGAAGAAAACCAGCGAAAGCAGCAAAUCCGGCGACGCCGCCAAAUACAGUGAGCCGGCUCUAAGUCUGAACGGUUCUCCAGCGCGAGCGUCGGUUCUGUCGGACAGUCGCUCUCGCUCAGGGACGGGUCCUCUCUCCAGCUCUGUAUCUGAACCCGUCCAGACCCAGCAGCCUUGUUCCCUCAAGGGCUCGCUGUCCUCCGAUAACAUCUACGCUGGACUGCAGGGAGAGGGACCUGGAGCUUACAGCCAGCCAGGACAGGGUUGGCCCCCCUGUCCGCAGGCAGCCGAGAGGGUCAGCUAUAAGUCCAGUAAACCUCGCGCUAGAUUCAUCAGUGGGCCACUUUCUCUCUCCAUCUGGUCGACGCUGAAGAGGCUCUGUCUGGGAAAAGAACGUGGCAGCAGAACUGGAGCUCCUCCAGCAGCCAGUAAUCAGCCACAGAUGCCCCCAGGCUCCACCCCCCCUCCCCACCAGCCGGUAGUGGGCCUGGCUCAGGCUCAGACCAACAACAGCAAUAACAAAACCGACCUGUUUCCUGUGGAGCUGCAGCGGCUGGUGGGCACGUGGGUUCAGGAGUCGCGGAGCCCCACGCUCGGCCUUCCCGUCGGCCAGAGGCCCACGUGGACCACGCGAGCCAGGACCAGGAGCACCGGAGGGAUGCCUCCAGGCUCGGCGGCGGUGACAGCAGCCUCCAGGCUUCCUCUCUCGUGGCCCAGAGUUAAUUCUCACACCUCCACUCUGACGGCUGAUCAUCUGCUGGGCUUCCAGGACGGGUUCUCUCUGCACGGCGGCCCUUUCGCAGAGGUCCUGCGGACCCCCAUCUACAUCGCCCGCUGGCCCGCUCUGACUGCACCUCUCAGCCAGGGCGUGCUCACCUUCUCCACCGUGUCUCCGCCCUGGACGGCGCCGUCGUCUCCCCCAGAACCCCCUCGAACCCAGAACAGGACUUUGUAGCAUCUGAAGGGGCUUUCAGCAGCUUUUCAGCCUACAGCUGAGCUCCUCUACAGGAUCACCUACAGCAGCAGUGCUUCCCACACACUCGGGGGCUCCAUACUCUGCACAGCUGUGUGUGUUCUUACUGUUCUAGCAGCUCUGAUUUUACCCCAUAGAACAGGGUUCUUCAUACGGUUCUUCAUAUCCAGUCGUAGAGGUUUAGUGGUCUAAAACUCAUCUGCUGCGCUCAACAGUUACAGACAGUUUAAUCCAGUUGGCUUUGAGUUGGAAAUCACCAAACAGGGCAGAGUUAGAGUUUAGUACUAGGAGAGAGUUAGAGUUGGCGUUAGGCCUAGGUUUAGGGUUAAGGCUAUGUUUAGGGUAGGGUUAGAGUUAAGGGCCAAGGUUAAGGCUAUUUUUAGAGUAGGGUUUCAGUUUAGGGUUAGAGUUAUGGCUGUGUUUAGGGUAGGGUUGGAGUUUAGGGUCAGGCCUAGGUUAGGGUUAAGGCUAUGUUUAGGGUAGGGUUAGAGUUUUGGGUCAGGACAAGUUUAGGGUUAAGGCUGGUUUUAAGGUAGCGUUAGAGUUUAAGGUCAGACCUAUGGUUAGGUUUAAGGCUGUGUUUUGGGUAGGGUUAGAGUUUAGGGUUAGGGUUAAGGCUGGUUUUAAGGUAGCGUUAGAGUUUAAGGUCAGACCUAGGUUAGGUUUAAGGCUGUGUUUGGGGUAGGGUUAGAGUUUAGGGUUAGGGUUAAGGCUGGUUUUAAGGUAGGGUUAGAGUUUAGGGUUAGGCCUAGGUUAGGGUUAAGGCUGUGUUUAAGGUAGGUUUAUGGAUUAGGGUUAGACCUAGUUUAGGGUUAAGGCUAUGUGUAUGGUACAGUUAGAGUUUAGGGUUAGGCCUAGUUUAGGGUUAAGGCUAUGUGUAGGGUAGGGUUAGAGUUUAGGGUUAGGCCUAGUUUAGGGUUAAGGCUAUGUGUAGGGUAGGGUUAGAGUUUAGGGUUAGGCCUAGUUUAGGGUUAAGGCUAUGUGUAGGGUAGGGUUAGAGUUUAGGGUUAGGGUUAAGGCUAUGUGUAAGGUUGAUAAAAGAGUUACAGUACGGUUAAGAUUUAAGGUUUAGGGUAUUUAGAGUUAGGUUAUGAUCAGGGGUGUGGUUUAAGGAUGAGUUUUGAAUUUAUGGUUAGGCCUAGGUUAGGUUUGGGUCGCAGUUUGGGGUUGAUAUUAGGGUUGAGGUAGAGUUAGGAUCCAAGCUUUGAGUUUAAGAAGGAGACAUUGUUAUUAUUUAUAAAUGCGUUAAUCUUUUGCGAUUUCUCGCAAUGCAAAUUAUUGCACCCGUUCCAGGACAAAGUCCUGUCCAUUAGCAAAAACAACCAAUCAGCUUGCUGGUUGUGUAUCGCGUGGAGGAGAAUCAGGGUGCUGGUAGGGAAGCCUCUCUUGCUGUGGAGAUGUGCGCAGGAGCAGCAGCCACAAUAAGUCAGAAAAUCAGUGGGUUUUUUUUGGGCAUUAUUGAUUUAAAUACUAUAAACUAUUCAUGACAUUAACAGAUUUUAUCAGUGAUUUAAAAUAUGUUUCUGAAAUGGCAAUCAGAUGUUUGUAUUCCAGUAUUUUGUUCCCUCAAGAUUAGGUAAGACUAACUUGGCUUGGCUGCCAGGAAUGAAUUUGAGGAACCUGUGAUAGAUAUUGCAGAUAACACUAGCAUGACAUACAGUACUAUAAUAAUAGACAUGCCAAAAGUCAUGGGACAGGAUCCAGUAUUGUGUCCUAUAACUUUUGGCAUGCUUUUGAGAUUUAAUAAUAAUCAUUUAUGAUUGUAUUUCAGUGAAACAAGCAGAGAAACAGAGUUGUUUGUUUGUCUGUUUUAAAUUCACACCAUUUUCAUUUCUAGACAGUUCUAAACUAACAGAAAAAGUGCAAACCUGAGUUUUUAUCUGUGUUAAAUUGUAUUAUCUUAUCAAAUAUAAUUAAUUAUAUUACUAACUACGUACUAAACUCUAUGUAUUUACAUAUUUCUCAUUAAGUCCAAGAGUAAUAAGGGUUAAAAACCAGGGUUUGGUUGUGUUAGAGCAGUAAAAACAUAAAAAAUAAAAUAAUUAUGUGGAUCAUGGAGCCCCCAAGAACUGGGAAUGGGAAUCGCCUGAUUUAGCAUCAUCUAGUCUGGUCUUAUAGGACAUACGAUUAUAUCAGUUUCUUAUGAAAGCAUGUAUUUUAUGGUUGAUGUAAACAGUACGGUAUACAUAAGGUGUAAAUACCCGAUCAUGCCAGUUCACGCUGGAUCAUUGAUGUAUAUUUAGCAUAUGUAUAUUUUUAAGGUGCACUGCGUCACCUGUGUCAUAUAUGUCCAUAAUAAUCCAUGUACAGUGUUAUUGUGUUCUUUUUUUAUUUCUUCAUUAGUUUAUGCUUGCCUGUGUGCAUAGACUUCCCAGUCUUACCAAUAAGAACUGAACCCUUAAUGGUGUUCUGGCGUACGUAGCCUGUAUAUAGCCACUGUAUAUACAGUAUAUAUAUAAAUAUAAAUAUAUAUGAGUGUAUAUAAGCUAAGCCAGUCGUACUGAUAUGUAGCUGAGCCUUUAAUUUAAACUCCAAUAGAGCCGGAUUAAAUGUAAAUACUGUUCAUGUAGAUUCUGAGCUGAGGAAUCUUAUUAUGUAUGUAAAUAAGACAUCGAGAGGUUGUCUCGCCACCAGUAAUGAUAGCAUAAUCACUGUGAAGCCUCAAGACUGACGGUCCCGCGGUCGCCAGAGCUUCAUACCACUCAUUCUGGACUAAGACCCCUGAACUGGACUCUAGAAACGCUAGAAACGCUCAACAAUCUUUUUGUUCGACAACGUUCAACCCUGAGGAAACGGAGAAAUUGGAAACGACUGUUGAAAUUCAGGUGGAGAACCUGCAAAGAGUGCCUUGAACAGCAGUUUUGGAGACUUUGGAUCGUCUGCAAUGUCGUUUCACCAAGAAAAAAGUAAUAUUUAAGGGUUUUUCUCUGAAGUUUUGGGUGAUUUGUACACUACGAAUGGGUGGAAAUGAUGACCUGAAUGUACAUUAUUGAGGUUUUAUCCAACAGUUUUUUUUUUCGACAUUUCAACACAAGUAAAAGGGUUAAGAUGUGAACAAAGUAAUUUAGAGGUUGCCAGAAACACAGUUUUAACAUAGUUUAAGAGUAAUAAGAAGAUACAGGUUAAUAUGUAUAAGUUGACUAAGGUGCUGCCACUAAGAUCCGAGGAGUCCUGUUUGAAUCCUGGCUUAUGCUGUUUGCUAUCAGCAUCAGCAGCCGGAGUCAGAGAGAGUGAGAAAAAGAGAGAGAGAGAGAGAAAGAGCACAAUUGGCUGAGUGGGUAGAUGGUGCUCUCCCACUCUUUUCCCCCUCAUCACUCCUAAUAUAAUGUCAGUCAGCACAGGCGUCUGCCCGGCUAACAAUUUUUGGUUAGUUAAAUUUUUUUUUUUUUUAAACAUUACGAUAAACGUUCUUGGAAUGUUCAGCUAGUCAAGUUUUCUCAAUGUGCGUAGAACAUUUUAGGGUGCUUUCACACCUGAAAGUGCUACAUUGUAUAUAUUUGGUCCGCUUUUUUUUGUUUUUACACUGCAGUUUAUGGAGCGCACCAAAUACCUUUGUGUGAUACUGCUACAUCCUUUCAUCAUCACUUACGUAUCGAUGCGUUUUCCUUAACUUGAUGCUGAUUGGUUUAAGAAGGACAUGCGUCUGACCGUAUUGAUACGUAUUGAUGAUAAUUAAGCCGGUGGUUCAUUCAGUGAGAAGUCUUUCCAGGAUCAGGAUAAAAUGAAUGAACAGAUUCAUUUCGUCUCCAUAGUAAUGCUGCUGCUGUUGUGGGUUAUAUACCAGCAGCAGCAGCAACUUCAGGUAAAGUACUCUGGGUUAUUUCAAAUUCGCCAAACGAAAGUGCUCGUCCUGAAGCAGCUGUAUCGCCGCCGACAGUUAUUUUUCUUCUUCUGCUGCCGUUGUUGAGGAACGCCUGCUCAGCUUCCUGUAAUUGGUCCGAAAGUUGGAACCAUCCAGAAAAGCGCUUUCUCACUGCAGGCGAACCGGACCAUGGUUCAGAAGAUCCGGACCGAGACCACCUCUCUUGGUCGGACCAAAAUCUGGUCCUUUGGUCCGGACCGUGGUUCGCGGCCCCUUUCACACCUGCUACUUUGGUUCGGACCAAACUGAAAAGUCCGAAAGUCCGGCCCAAUAGAGGCAGGUGUGAAAGCACCCUUAUUUAACAUUUUGAAAUAUUCUGUGCCAAUGUCUUUGUUUGAAUUUGUAGUCUUGGGAAUGUUACUUUUAACGUUUCCAUAAUGUUAGCAUUCGCUAGCUUGAAAUGUUUUGUGAGAAACGCUUUAAUAACGUUUUGAUGCAAACCAGUUUAAUGCUACGCUUUUUCAGAACGAUCCUGAAACUUUAUUUCUGUAAUGUUACAGUUUACAGGCUUAAUUUUCUGGAACCUUUUCGAAACGUUGCUAAACAUUGUUUCAACGUUGUCUGUUAGCUGGAUGCUAGCUGUUUCCACAAGUGUGUUGGCUACCCAGUUAUGCUGCAUCAGCUGCAGUUGGAAAAGAGGCGGAGUCUAACUUCACAUGUAUCCAAAUUAUCCAAUUAACUAUAGAUGUGGGUGGGGCAAUUAGCCUUCCAAAUUGGGGAGAACAAAGAGGCAUAGUUAGAGAACAUUAAUCGCUAAAAUAAAGACAAGAUAGUCCGCUCAAGAUAGUAAUGAUUUGAUAUUAUUUGCUAAUCUUUAACAUUUAAAACAGUUUAAAACUCAGACGUUCACCAUAAGUGUAAGAAAACAAACCAAAUUUUCACACCAAACCCCCGCUCUAAAUGACUUUAUCUACAGCUGAACCACUGAAUUGUGAGAAAUGUUGAGAAUCUGGUGGGAAUCUCUUUUCCAAGCUUAAAUUGAGCCAUUUUGCACCAUCAGCCAGAUAGUUGUGAUUAUGUAAAAGUGAGAAAUCCAGUGUGUUUAUGUGUUUAAACUCAAACACUGGGAUGUUUGCUGUGUGUACUAUACGUUUUCCAGUCCUGGACCUAAAAACCUAAACCUAGACUGCUCUGCGCUGCUCAUGCAGCUACUGAAGGCUUUGGGAAUUUCUUAGGAAUUCCAGAGCCAGGACUGGGAACCUCUGGUUUUAUACAGCUCUGGAAAAAAGUAAUAAGAGACCACUUAAAAAUUAUGAUUUUUGAACAAAUUGAAAACCUCUGGAAUAUAAUCAAGAGGAAUUUGGAUGAUCACAAGCCAUCAAACCACCAAACUGAACUGCUUAAAGUUAUUGCAUGAAGUUAUCUAAAAGCAGUGUGUAAGACUGGUGGAGGAGAACAUGAUGCCGAGAUGCACUCUUAAAACUUUAUGAAUAUGAACUUGAUUUCUUUGCAUUAUUUAAGGUCUAAAAGCUCUGCAUCUUUUUUGUUAUUUCAGCCAUUUCUCAAACUUAAGUGGUCUUAAUUCUUUCCAGAGCUGUAUAUAUAAUUAACAUAUAUAUAUGUUCAUAGCAAACAAUGUUCUAGGGGGGUUCAAUACGAUGAUUCUAUGAACCUUGUGAUCUUAUAUUUUCAUGCUGCUUUUAACAACACAUAAUUAAGGCUUUGUAUAUAAUAGGCUGCGUGAGUGUGUUUAUGCGUAAACGUGUGUGUGUGUGUGUGUGUGUGUGUGUGUGUGUGUGUGUGUGUGUUUUCUAUACGCAGAAAGCUUUAUUAUGCACAUCUGUCUUUGCAUUUGAAGAAACUGGUCUUUCACACUCCUCUUCCUUUUUAUGCUUCAGAAGUGAUUUAGAUCAGAGUUGUGUUGAGACUAUGCCUUAUUAUUCCACACACCAUCACACACACACACCAUCACACACACACACACACACACACAGCGUGGCGUAUACGAAUGUGCUGUUACACAACACAUGGACUCUGGUGAGGAGUGUGAAGGUGUAGAAAUGUACAGUGUACAGCUGCAGGACUAUUUUAACCACUUCUUCUUCUUCUUCCGGCGUAGAGGACGCUUCAGUACUCCUCCCUGCUCUCGUGUCUUUAGCUAUGCAGACGCUCCCCUGCUUUUAUAUGCUUGCACUAUGAUCUCACCACGCUUCUUACUCUCCUGCCUGCUGCUUGCUCUUCCUGUAUCUGCAGACUAAAGGGCCCGGUCCAGACACUGUAUUUACACGAGCACAAACAUUAAAAACCUCUCCUACUUACUUGCAAGACA